AUGGCGUCUGAUGGUGAAAUUUCAUGUACGACUGAUCCAAAUUUCGCUGUUAUUUACUCAUUUUUUAAAGUUUUCGGGAAACUGUACGGAUUGGAGAUACCUACAAUAGUUAAAUUGCAAGAAUUGAUAGAGAAUACACAAGAAGUGUUGGAUCCGUUAAAGGAGUUACAUAUUAGAUUAUUACGACGUGCGCUUAAGUCAAUACAAGUUCACCGUUGGGAAAGGGCACUUAUAAAGUUCUGUCACCAACAAAGAUACCAUCAAGAGGCAUGGGAAAUAGAACGAUUUUCUUACAAGAAAGCUAGUACUCAGGUUAAAUUGAGAAUAUUGAAGUUACUAUUUGAAUAUCAAUUCACAUGCCAUCCAAAGUUCAAAAAUACAGUUAAUGCUAUAUCAAGUAAAGAACUAAGGCUAGAUCCUGUUGGAAGGGACAAAAAUGGCUGUGUCUACUGGCUGCAGGUUGACCAUGAAGCUAAUUUGUGCUUAUAUAAAGAAGACCAAGAUGAAGAAACUUGGCAAUUAAUUGCUAGCAAUCGAGAUGAGUUUGUCAAAGUUAUUGGUCAGUUAAAGAGUGGUGAGGAAAUAUCCCAACCAAUAGGCAAUGAGGAUUCUAGCAGUGCAGAUGUUCCACCACAAAUGGAGCCUAGCAAAUCAUCAGGACCAGAAGAUGACAAUGAGGAGGAGUUUCUGAGCCCUGAAUCUGAGUCUGGAAAUGAAAGUGAUGAUCAAAAAACGGAAAAAUGUACAGAAGAUGCUAAGGAACCAGAAAAUACUGAUAGUAUUACUGAAGAUUUAAAAGAAAGCAAUGACAAGCAACAGACGGACAUAGACAACACAGUAACAAACACAGUAAAUGUGGAUCAUGCAAAAGACAAUGAAACUGAAAAGACUCACCUUGAUUCUAAGGAAGAGGAAACAAAUUGUUCUAAAGGAGAGUCUGCUGUUACUGAAGUAAAAUGUGAAAUGGAAGAUGAAGAAGUUAGUGAAGAAAUAGAAGAGCCUGUUAUGAUGAUAAAAGGGGAGGGUAGUGGAGCGGAAUGCGAAAGUUCCUACAUUAUUGGUGAAGAGAUUUCUGAACCAGUGAUGUUUAUAUAUGGAGAUGGAUGGGGAUAUGAAAAUGAUACUGGAAACCCAGAAGCAAUAGAACAAGCAAAUAAUACUGAAUUACAACAAAAUUCAGAUGUAGAUAAUGCAAGUGAGGAAUGUGUUAAUGGAGAACAUAUUAAUAACGUAAAUAAAACUAGUAGUAGGAAUAAAUUAAGUAAGAGUGUUAAGUUAAGAAAUAGACUACCAUCUGUGACAAAAAGAUCCUUAAGAAAACAAUCAAAUGAUAAUACAGAUGCAUUAAAAUCAGAUUCAAAGAAGCAUUGUAAAAGAAAUUUAGAGAAAUCUAAUGGUUCAAACUCAAAUGCAACAAGUAGUGAAAUAGAAUUGAGACAAGAUAGUGUUCCCGAAAAAGGUACAGAUGGUGAAAGUUCAAGUAAAAGCAAAGUGAAAAAAGAUACAGGUAAUAUUAAAAAAAGAGAAAGUGCACGGAAUCUAAGGCAAAGCAAAGAGGUUGUGAACUCAAUUUCUGAAAGUGAAAGUCAUAGUAAUAGUAAAUCGAGUAUUAUAGAAAAAAGAAAAAGUAGUGUAUCUUCGGAGCAUGAAGAUACUGAGAAUGUAGAAAAUGAUAAAGACGCAAGUCCAGACGAGGAAACGAAGAUAGAAGAUACUCUACCCCCUAAAAAGCUACGCUUAGAAACGACGCCAGAACCCGAUAAUAUUUCACAUUCCACAUUCGACAACACAGAGGACGUUAAAAAUGAAAACAAUGAAAAUGAAGAAAUUAAUACUGAAGAUGACAAGAAUUCUAUUUUGCACAGGAAGAAAGUUAAAGCAACUAAGGGUAAAUUAAAAGGUAGAAGGUUUCUUAAAAACAAAACAGACCACAGUGAGUUAGAUAAGGAUAAUGAUAAUAUGGGAGGUAAUGACAACAAAGCCAGCAAAGCAUUAAAGAGAACUUUAUUAAACACAACAAUAAAUGACAAGAAUAAAUCUGAAUCUCAAAGUGAAAGUGAGGAGGAAGAACCAAUGACAAGUGGGAAGCGUUUAAAGAUUAAACCAAAAAAGAUUAUGACUGCAACAAGAAAAAAAAUUGAAGCCAAAAUAAUGGCGAAAUGCUCUAGCGAAUCUGAAGAGGAGACUUUAUAUAGUUUAGGUAAAAAAUCAACCAAAAGAAUGCUAAAGAAGAAACCGAAAGCAAAAGAAAAAGAUAACAAAAAGACAACUGGUUCCAAUUCUGGGGAUAAUGACACUCCAGUUAGACAGUCUCGGAGGAUAGCUCAAAUGAAAAUAAAAGAGGAGGCAGAGAGGAGACACUUAGAAGAGGUGACACUGAGAGAGCUGAAGAUGAUUCACAAAAAGAAAGCCAAGGACGACGAAGAGGAGUGGCGCGCCAGCGGCAGCAGUUCCGAGGGCGAAGCCCGGGGCCGCCGGAAAGCAGCGGCCUGGCGCGCCUCCGACUCGACCGGGCCGGAGCCCGACUCGGAGUCCGAAGAGCCACUCUUCGACCAGCCCGAGGAACCCGAUUUGGAGUUUUCGAAGUCUGACCAUGAAUUCUCUCCGGAGUCCGACUUGGAAGACGGAGAGCCAACGGAACCGUUAAAACUGGCCCGCACUCUUCAAGGGAACGACGACGGCUUCUGCAAGCGCUGUGGCAGCGGCGAGCAGCCCGAGUGGAUAUUGCUCUGCGAUGGCUGCGACGCCGGCUACCACGGUAGCUGCCUCAAGCCGAUGCUGCUGCUGGUGCCAGAAGGCGACUGGUUCUGCCCGCCCUGCAACCACGAGAAGCUGAUAUCGGCCCUGGAGGAGGAACUCGUCAAAUACGACCAGCUCCUGGCCAAUGUGGAGGUCGAGCGGGAACACAGACGUCUGGAGCAGAUGACCAAGGCCGAGAGUACAGCGUCUGACGCCGGGGAGAAGACCGAAAGAAAGACGGUGCACAAAUCGGAUGACAAAUCCGAUGGUAAAUCAGACUGCGAGGACGAUGGCAGGAGUGGCAGCAGCAGUGGCAGUGGCAGCGAGUGGUCCUCGUCGUCGUCGGAAGCGGUGUACCGCCUCCGCGCCCGCCGCCAGCUGCCCGUCAGCUACCGCGCCCAGGAGUACGACCGCCUCAUCAGCUCCGCCAUAAAGGAGGAGUAUGUGGAGCCGACCACAAGCGCGGGCAACCAAGGCCGUGGGAAAGACAUAUCCACCAUCAUAGAAGCAGCCGAAGAAGAGAAACUCAAGGCGGAAAGAGAAGCACGCGAGCAGGGUAAGCCGAUGGAUUCGAAGAGAAUGAAAAAGAAACAACGUCGUAAGCCAAGAAAGCUCAAUUCCUUAGACGUGCCAUCUGAAGAUGAUGAGACCGAUGAGGACUUCAAAGAUACUGGUAUGGAAUCAUCAUCCGAAGACAUCUCAUCGUCAGCGGAACGAGAUUCCAGGUCUUCGGACUCCUUGCCAAUCAGACGGACUGGGAGACCGGACAAAAAAGAACGACACAAGCUCAUAGAAUCGUCACCGGAGGUUAAGAAAAAGAAAAAAGGCGUAUUUGAUGACAGCUCCAGCGAAUCGCCCGGCGCCAAGGAGUGGUCGAAGAAGUCGAAGAGGCGCAAGCGGCGGGAGGGGCGCGAGAGGCGCGAGAGGCGGGCGGGGCGCGAGGGGCGCGGGGGCCGCGGCGGCCGGCUGACGCAGUACGACGCGGCGGGCAACGUGGUGCGCGCCCGCGUCACGUACGGCGGCCUCGGCGAGGACGAGCCCAACGACUGGUCGCCCAAGCACCGCACCAGGCAGCGCAAGAUCAACUACACGGAGAUGCCCAACACGGAGUCGGAGGACGAGAUGCACAAGUCGAGCGGCAAGCACAUGGCGGACAGCUCGGACGAGUUCCGAGCGGACGACUGGGACGGCUCCACGUCGGGCUCGGAGCGCGCGAAGAGGCGCCGCUCGGGCUCGGCGGGCUCGCGGGGCUCGAGGGGCUCGGCGGGCUCGAGGGGCUCGGCGGGCUCGGGCGGCGAGCGGCAGCGCGCGCUCUGCGACCUCGUCAGCAAGACGGCCGUCGUGCCGCUCGAGAAGCUGCCCGAGCACGUGACGCGCGCCAAGACCGAGGAGCUGCACGCGCACCUCAGUGCCCAGCAGCAGACGCCAAUGGCGCGCCCCUUACGCGGCAGGGGGAGCAGGGGCGGUCGUGGAAGCAGAGGUCCCAGAGGUGGGCGUGGGCGUGGUGGUGCGCCGAAGGCUUCCCCCUCCAGCGACGACGCACUCGCCAAGCUGGUGGGGGUUAAGAUCAAAGAUCUCAGGGAAACGGGCGAAAUUCCGAUGCGACCCAAUCAAGUGGAACGCGAGAAGAAGCGACAGGAGCGCGAAGCGAAGCAAGCGGAGAAGGAGGCGCGUCGGAUAGAGAGAAUGCAGAAGAAAGAGGAGAAGGAGAAGCUUAAAGAGCAGAAGGCGAAAGAGCGCGAGGAGAAGAGACUCGCGCGCCUAGCGUUGCAGGAGAGCAGACGGAUGAAACGCGAGAAGUUGGAGUAUAUCGCACCCGUGCCGAUAGUGGAUCGGCACGGCGCCCCGCCAGGGGGCGUGCUAGGCGGCGCCCCUCCGGGGGGCGCGCACGGCCUCGCCCCCCUGGGGGGCGCCCAAGGCCUCGCCCCACCAGGGGGCGGCCAUCACCCGCCCAAUUCCGCCCUCCCGCCGCACCCGCCCGAAUACAGGGAGCGUUUCCCGGCAACACCCAGACUGCAGAUUUCGUUGCCGCAGGUGCGCGCCGAGCUGCGGGGCAUCGCGAUGGGCGACGACCGCAUGCAGCUGAUGCACCGGCCGGAGCAGGCGCCCGCGAUGCGCGAAGGCACGUUGUCGGUGGCAGGUUCUCCGCAGCCCUUCAAGCCGGUAGCAGAAGAGCCAAGCGUCAUCACGAGGAUGCCGCACAUGCUCAACCACCAGUACAGGGGCCCGAUGAUGUACCCGGGCGGCGGCGGGCCGGCGUACGGCGCCCGGGGCCAGGGAAUGAUGUACCAGCUGCACCCGGGCAUCGGCUCGCAGAACGCGCGCCACCAGUACCCGCCCGGCUACUACCAGCACCUGCGCGCCCUCCCGCCCGGCUACGGGCCCGCGGCGCGCCCGCCGCCCAUGGGCCCGCCCACGUCGCAGGCGCAGAUGCCCCUGCGCCCGCACGGCCCGCCGCCGCCGCUGCACCACGGCCCGCCCGGCUCCUCGCCCCACCACCACGGCCCGCCGGGAUCGUCCCCCCACCACCACGGCCCGCCGGGAUCGUCCCCGCUGCAACACGGCCCUCCUGGAUCUUCUCCCCUGCAACACGGCCCUCCUGGAUCUUCUCCCCUGCAACACGGCCCUCCUGGAUCUUCUCCUCUGCAACACGGUCCGCCUGGAUCGUCUCCUUUGCAACACGGUCCGCCUGGAUCGUCUCCUCUGCAACACGGCCCGCCUGGAUCGUCUCCUCUGCAGCAUGGCCCGCCGGGAUCAUCACCUUUGCAACACGGCCCGCCGGGAUCGUCUCCAAGACAACAUGGUCCGCCUGGACCAUCUUCAUUACAACACGGUCCGCCUGGAUCGUCUUCUUUGCAACACGGCCCGAUGCCUCGGGGCCCGCCCGUGUCGUCGCCUCAUCAGUACACCACGGGACCGAACCCACAUGGGCCCGCACCCCACGGCCCGCUCGGUCCCCACGGCCACCCAGGCUCCUCGCCAAUACCGCCCGGGGCCCCGGGGGGGCUGCACCACGGGCCGCCCGUGUCUUCGCCCCUCGGCGCGUCCCACGGCCCGCACGGCCCCGGCCCUCUGCCCCACGGCCCGCUGCCACCGAACCUGCAGGGUCCCCGUCCGCCUCCAAGCCACAUGCCGCACUCGAUGGGCCCGCACGGUCCGAUGGGACCCAGUCUCCACGGUCACCUCGGCCCUCGCGGCCCGCCCACUCACGGGCCCCACAGUUCUCCCAUGAACCCUCUCGGCUCCGCUCCCGGUCCUCCUCCUGGACUGAAUGCCAACAAUACCAUGGGUCCGAGUCCCCAUGGACCGCUCGGCCCGAGGCUCCACGGCUCCGGGCAGGGGGUUCUUCACGGACCGCCGGGGGCCCACGGUGCGGCCGCAGCUAUGGCCCACGCGCCGGCACCCGGCCAGGGCCACAAGGAGCCGAGCCCGCACAGGACCGGCCCGAGCCCCCUCGGCCUGACAGGCCACGGGCCGCUGGGGCUGGGCCACCACGGCGCGGUGCCGGAGCCCCGCGGCGCCCGCGGCCCGAACGGAUCCUCGAUGCUUCCCAUGCAUAGACCCGUCCCUGCCCUCGGCGGCGCCGCCACCCCCGAGCUGCCGCCCACCCCCGCGGGCGGGAUGCAGCCCGCGCGCCCCUCGCCCGCCGCUUCGGCGAGCCCCGCCCCCGCCCCCGCGCCCCCGGCGGGCGGCGCGCCCCCCGCCGAAGCGCCCGUGCACAUAAAGGCCGAGGUGAAGACAGAGCCCGAGUACCGCACGCCGCCCGGUUCGCCGUCGCCGUCGCCGCGGCCCCCCUCGCCGGAGCCGCCGCGCAACCACCCCAAGAUCAAGCACACGGAGAACAAGGAGCGGCGGCCGCGCUUCCCGCUCGGGCCGUACGCGCCGCACUACGGGCCGUACGGGCCGUACGCGCCGCCGGCCGCGCAGCCGCACCGGCCGCCGCAGCGCGGCCACGCCGACGCGGCGCUCUACCCGCCCGCCGACGGCCGGCCGGAGCCGCCGCGCCCGUCGGAGGGGCGGGGGCGCCCCCCGGACGGCGGCGGCUCGCCCCUGGCCGCGCCGCCCUCGCCGCCGGAGAGCAAGCCGGAGCCGUUCCUCGGGGCGCCCCCGCGGCCGCCGGCCCCCGUCAAGCUGGAGGAGGGCGCCGGCGAGGAGGGCAGCGUCUUCGGCGGCCUCGUCAGCUACUUCUCGAGCCAGCGCGAGGACGACUUGGACGCG